AUGGAGUUCAUUUUUGAAGAUAUUGAUGAAAUAAUUGAAAAUGUUUUAAAUCAUUUACCCGCACUUGAUGUAAACCGGUUUAUGACUGUGAGCAAAAAGUGGUAUAAAGCAGCAAGAAGGAUAAAACAAAGACGAAAAAAGAUAACAUGUUUUCAAUACUCAAGUUUGCUAUCGAGACAUCAAAGUGAACAACUUGAAGAUCUUAUGAAUAAUAUUUCCAUAGAACCAAAAACAGUUUUAGCUUUUGUUACUGAGAAACUUGAUAAAUCCUAUGUAUCUGUACCUACAAGCCGGCUACCAAGAGCUGCCAAACGAGAAAGAUUAAGCUUUCACAAUUACAUAAAAAGGAUGUGGCCAGCUUCCUGCUCUUACAUUGAAAUUAUAUCUGACGGAAUUAUUGCAACUGAUUGGAACUGUGUAAACAUACAAGAAUAUGAAAAUUCAGAAGCAGCCAGCCUGCUUAUGAUUCCUAAGAGGCCAGAUUUGAACAUUGAAAUAAAACUUCCAAAUUUGAGCCAGUCCUUGUUUGAAGAUUUGAAUAAUAGCAGUGAUGACAUGCUGCUUAAUGAGGAUAGGACAAGUGACGAUUACGGCAACUAUGAUUUGGAAACUAAUGAAUCAAGCAAUGAUGCCAAGAACAUUUUGCAAACACUACAAAUGUAUCGUAGCAGGCUGCCAGGUCGACCGAAUUUUUGUUGGGUAAGGGACAAAUACACAACGUCAAUUGGUUUAAUAUUUAGAGGCAAUCAAAAUGUUCAUACCGCUUCUGUGGUCCUCAACAUUUUUUGUAAAAAAGAAAUCAGUAUUGAGUCAGAGUUGAAAAAAUUCAUACCAUUUUUAAGGGAAAAAUUUGAAGGCAAGUCAGAAGGAAUGGUAUCCAAUUUUGAUGUCAGCAAGUACAACCACAGGAUGCUUGCUUUCAUGUUUUCGUGUGUGGCUCGUGGUUCACAAUUCUACAGGGGCAGACUCAACGUUGAAUCAAAAAUCUUCAAAAAAUUAUACCCAGGAGUGCCACUUCUUGGGCUUUUCGGUUAUGGAGAGGUUGCACAUGGUUCUUGUUACUAA